UUUCCUCCCACGCUGGAAAAUCAUCUCUUGCACGCAAACCAACCCCGUCUUGGCCUCCGGGGCUCCCGGCGCGACGGCACGGCGACGUCAACGACGGCAAGCAACCACCACGCCUGGCCGCCGCCGGUGAUCUAGCAUGCUCCGGAGCCGACAACAGAUAGGCAUACGCCCAUAGCCAAACCGUCCCCUCCCCUCCCCUCCCCUCCCCUCCCGCCGAAUCGGCGCCAAGAGGAUGGCGUCCCGGCGGGGCAGCAGCAGUUGCGCUCUCUGCGAGGGAUCCAACCUCCCCUCCUGCUGCACCGCGUGCGUCAACGCAAGGCUGGUCGAGUACCACGCGAGGCUGCGCAUGAUGAGGAGCCUCCGCGACUCCCUCCAAGCCCGCAUCGCCGCGCGCCUCGAGGCCAAGAGCAAAGUGGAUGAGCAGAGGAUCUGGAGAGUGAGCAAAACUCAGGAUAUCAUGGAGUUGAGGGAUCGGCUCACUGAGUUGAAGGGAAAAACUGCAAUAGAGAAGACCAAAGUCCAGCAGUCAUCGAGUGAUCUCAAGGCACAAACGGCAUCGCUGAAUUUGGCUUUUGUUACGCUGAAAAAGAGGCGAGCUGACGCAGUGACGAUGCACACCAAUGCCAUGAAAGUCGCACAGAUGAAUCUCAUGGCAACCACCUCCGAGCGCCUGAAAAUGCAAUCAAAAUCUGUAAAGCAACUUUGCAGACUGUUCCCAAUGCGACGAGUUAUUAAAGAGGGAGAAAAGAAAGAAGACUACACUGGUCCAUAUGAUUCGAUAUGCGGGGCUCGUCUUCCUCGUGGUCUUGAUCCACAUUCUGUUCCAUCAGAAGAGCUAUCAGCUGCUUUGGGGUACAUGCUACAUUUCAUCAAUAUUGCAGUUCGUAUCCUAUCUGCACCUGCCCUUCAUGUAUCAGGCUUUAAGGGUUCAUGCUCACAAAUUUGGCAGCGAAGUUCUUACUGGAGUACACGACAGUCCCAGAGCAAAGUUUACCCACUUUUCAUACCUAGGAAAAAUGUAUGCACAGGUGGUGAGGAAAGUUCAUUGACAGAAAGUGGUUCGGCUAACUUUGGUGUCGACUCUAUCGAUUCUGUCAAGAAACACUCUUUUGAUUCGAAGAGAAGCAAUAGCUUCAACUUUUCUGGUGGAUCUUCCCACUCCAUGGAAAGGCAUCAAUAUUUGCAAAGAGGAAUAUCACUAUUAAAGACAAGUGUUACUGCCAUUACUACCUACUAUUAUAACUCACUGGGCUUGGAUGUGCCAUCCAAUCUUUCUACUUUUGAGGCGUUUGCAAAGUUGCUCCAUAUGUUAUCAUCGUCAAAGGCCCUUCGAGCUGCUCUUGAAUCGAACAUUGCUUCAAGGUCAGAGAAGCAAGCACAGCAGCUAAACAAAUCUAUUUGGAAGGCAAGCUCGGCCAUAUCAUCUGACAGCAGUUUUAUGGACAGCAUUCACACAGCCAUCAUGCCAAGCACUCUGGAUAACCUCCUUCUGAACUCAAAUGAGAGCUUCUUGUACACCGGUAAGCUGGUGAAGCACGGUGGCGUGCCAGACAACAUCUUGGAUAGCUGGGAUCUGGUGGAGCGUGAGGUCCUACCGCCACCGCCCUCGGACGUUGAAAAUGUCGCGCAGUGGGAGAGAGCCAUGUAUGCUGAUGGUGGUACCAAAAAGAAAUGACUUAUAUUUACAACUCUCUGAAGACCAAACUGAUACAACACUGCAAGAGCUUCAGUUAGAUAUGUGCACCUGACCAGGUUCGGGUUCAGUACUGAACGAAGCUCACCGUGUGGCUGAGUCAUUCACACUGUAGACUGCAGAAGGGCAUUGUAGGAUAGGGUUGAUCUGCUGAAUAUGUACAUGUUCAUCCCUGUAAAUUGUAAAUAUAAGUUUAUAUCGUUUAUUACAAAGGUAAUAAAAUGCCUGAUUGUUGGUUGAUAUUA